UGGUAUGUAUUCAUAAUAAUAAAAAGAAGAAGAACAAAACUAAAUGUGUAGUCUGUUAAAAAAAAAAGAUUUACCUGAGGGUUAACUACUUCGACAUGACGCCUGAUCUGAGGAGUCAGCGGCAUGGAUAUGCCCACAGUGGGAGUCAAAGAUCACUCACGCGCUGACACUGACACAUUACAGUCUGACAUUGAGCCUUACUGUCUCGAAAAUAUUGUAAAUACGAGGUGACGCUAGGAAAAGAUUGUGAAACUAUACAAACCAUGCCAUUUUUGGAAUUCAUAGCUGGGAGCAUUUCAGGUGCACUGGGACUUGCAGUUGGACACCCGUUUGACACCAUUAAGGUGCGUCUGCAGGCCCGCUCUUUGUAUAAAGGAAUAUUUCACUGCGUUAGGAAAACGUACUCCCAUGAAGGGGUCAGAGGAUUCUUCAAGGGCAUGGCAUUUCCAGUGAUGACCACCGGCAUCGUCAACUCUGUGGUCUUCGGUUCCUACAGUAACGCUUUGGACUAUCUGACUGGGUCUCAGCGUGGUCACACGGGUCAGUGCACGCCGGCCUCGGCCGGACAGGUCUUCACUGCUGGCUGCUUCUCAGGCCUGGUGCAGGUGUUGGUGUGUGCACCGAUCGACUUGGUGAAGGUGCGUCUGCAGGGUCAGACGUCCGCUGGCCGCUAUCGUGGACCCCUGCACUGCAUGAGGGUCAUACUGAGGGAGGAGGGACCGCGGGGUCUGUUCAGAGGAGGCGUGGCUCUCGCUCUGAGGGACAUCCCCUGCUAUGGACUCUACUUCCUGCCUUAUGAGGUCACUCGCAAGGCUCUGGCUGAGACCGACCAACAGCCUGGUACCUUUGCCAUAUUGAUGGCGGGGGGUGUGGCCGGCGUGGUGACCUGGGCCUUCGCCACGCCCAUGGACGUGGUGAAGGCCCGGCUGCAGAUGUCCGGGGCGGGCGGCCGGCGCUACAGCGGGGUCCUGCACUGCAUGAGCGUCAGCCUGCGGGAGGAAGGGCCGAGGGUCUUCUUCAAAGGCCUCCUGCUGAACAGCCUGAGGGCCUUCCCCGUCAACGCCAUCACCUUCCUCAGCUACGAGAGUCUGAUGAAGGUCCUCUGCCCACCAGCGGGAUGAGGUGGCCUUUGG